AUGGAUUUUCAGACGAUUCGUAUCUAUGGCUCUAUUGCCGUUAUACUAGGAUGUUUCCUAUUCCUUUACCCAAAGUUACUGCAUCCUGUAUUCAUGACAUUACUUGGAAUGAAUACCUCGCCAAAAGACCAAAAGGCGGAUGAUUUUGUUCCACCUGCUUUGAGAGACAGGCCAGGUAUGGGUGGUCCUGGAGGAGAUUUGCCAGAUCAUAUAAAGAAAAUGAGACAUGGUCCUCAUCCUGGAAUGAGAGCAGCGGCAGCGGAACAAUCUAAACAGACAAAAGGUUCAGGCAGAGGCAUGAUGGGAGUUAUACUACCUAUGUACGCUGUUGGAAUAGUAGUUUAUCUUGUCUAUACCCUGUUUAAGGUGUUUGGAAAGAAUGACAAGAGUGGUAGUAGAAGAGGCAGCCCUAGUAGAGAGCCACGUUCAGAAUAUGACGUAGGACAACAAGGAGAUGAGCAAGGUAGAGUAUCGGGGAAGAAAGGCGAUACUUUAACAGAACAAGAUUUAAAAGGCCAGCUUGAGAAGCUUCAUUCGUUAGCUAAUACUGUGAAAGGCAAUGAUAUGAAGGAGAUGGACAUGAGAAAGUUACAAGAGAGACUUGCGGAGACCGAGGCACAAAUGACCAAGAUAUUAGCUGCUAUGCAAGCUGUACAGACCAAAGUUGUUGAUGCUCCCACUGACAAAACAGAAACUAGUAAAGAUGUUAAACCUGAAGAAAAAACUACAGAGAAAACUGAAGAUAAAAAGGAUCCCUCUAAUGGUGGUGAUCGAUCAUCGGAGGAGUCAGAGAGUUAUGAGAUUAUAAACAAAUCUGAUCGUGAGUCUAGUUGUGAUGAAAACAGUCCAACCAAGGUAGAAACACUGACAUCUGAAGGUGAUCAGAACAAAAUUGUGGAACAAGAAGAAGAUGAAAAAUGUCAAGAGGAUGAAGUGAAAGAAGAAAUACUGAAGGAUAAAGAAGAAAAUUCAGGAGAUGAGGCAAAGACUGUAAGAAAACGAGUAACAAAGAAAGAGGCUGAAUCAUGAAAUUGAUCAUUGUUUAAACAUUGUGAUAUAUAUUUACUGUUUUAAUUUUCAAAUGGGGUAUGUACUAUAUGUUUGAUGAAAAUGAGAAAUGUGCUUUAAUAUAUCCACUUAAGACAUUUAUUGUUGACCAACUUUUGUAUUUUUUAUAUCAUGAAAGUAAGAUGCAUACACAUGAUAUAAAGUAUUUAAGAACUCUUUUGGCAAUUAUUUUGCAUUUUUUAGGGCCUAUACAUUUGAUUGUUUGUAUUUUAACUGAAUAUAGUGGAAUCAAAAAUAUAUAUUCGCCAUAAAUAUCAAUCUCUUAUUUUUGCUCUAUGUAAAGGUCAGGUAUAAAACUGUUACAAAAAUGUUAUUUUUGCGGUCAGUUUUUCAUUCUAGCAUCAGUAAGUAUGGGUAAUGUAGGAUAAAUAUCAUGGUCAUUUUUAGUUUGCUCUUUUGACAAUGAUAAAAAUUUUCAUUUUGAUUUUUACAGAUUCUGUUAUGUCAUUAAAAUAUUAAAGAGAAAACAUGUUUUGCAAAAUUUGAUUCACACCAAACUGACAGUUCAGUGUCUUAGUAUACGAAGCAUCUUCAUCAGUAUAUAUUGUGACUUGUAGUGACUGAAUAGGGAACAAUAAUUAAAUUACCAUAUACUGAAUGAGUACCUAUCAGUGCAGACCAUUAUGAGAAGGCAUAGAUGUGUCAGAUGACCUUGGUCUGCACUGGUGGCAUAGGUAGAAUCUAUUGCCAUGACAGGUUAAGGGUUUAAAUAUCUUUUCACAGAUAUUUGUAAAAAUGCAUAAUUAUUAUUAUAUAUGUGCACUUAAUAGUUUUCAUAUUGUUAGCACUUUCCAUGACAAAUCAUGUUUACUACUGACAGAAUGCUGUAAAAUAAUUUAAUUUUGUGGAUAUGAAAUUUUGUGGUUUUGUUAAAAAAAAAAUAUAUAUAAAAUAUAUAAAAGACAUGUAAAAAAAGACAAAUUUCCAUUGUUCCUUGAUUCAUGGUUUUCUAUUUUUGCAAAAAUAAAAGAAAGAAAAAUGCAAAUAAUGUUAUGCAAAAUAAUCUUACGGGAGUUAAAAUUGAAUUUUAUUGGAUCUUGACCUAUUCAUGAAAAUUAUUACUCCAUGAAUAAUAAUGAUUUUGCGGUAGUUAUAUUCAUUUUACAGUUUUAUGUUUAGUUUUAUUUUUCCCAAAUAGUCCCAGAAUCUCUUAACAUUACUGUGUGUAGAAUAAUUUUACAAUAUUUAGAAUCUCAAUGGGUGUUUGUUUUUUGUGCACUUCUUUUGUUCAUUUUUGUCAUAAUUUAUUUUUUACAUGAUUAUUGAAUCAUUUAUAUUGCAUUAUUGAUUGAUUUUUAAAAAUGCAGACUUGUGCAGCUUGUGUGAUAACUUCUAUUUUACUUUCAAAGAUUUGAAUGGGUAGCGAUAGGUAGACUAGUGGUGUAGGUAUUUGCCUUUCAACCCCAGGGAUUAUGGUUUCAAGCCCUAUAGGGGUGACAAUCAUGAUUUCUCAUUAAACAAAAAUUGGUUAGUUCCAGGAGUUCUUAUAGUCUCAAGUUUUCAUCGUACUGACAUAAAUAUGUUUAACCAAAGAAUUCUGAAAUUGUAACCAUGUUAUGCUAUGGUGGAUUAUAGAACAGCAUUUCCUCUACAUUCUAUAAGACAUAACACUAUUACACUUAAGAAUUAUGAUUCCUUGGUCUUUGCUCCUAAUGCACAAGCAUUAUCCUUUAUUAUUUGUUGUGUUCAGUGUUAGUUUAUAAAAAAAAAUUUAUUGCUGUAGUAUAUAAAAGUUUUAAUAUACAUGUUCUUUCAUUAGAUGUUGUAGUUAUAUUGAAAAUUUUAUUUUCCCGGUACUUUUUGAAAUUACCUAACACUGAAGACAUUCUGAGGACAUUAAUUUGUUUGUUUAUCAGCUUAUGUUAUAAUAAAUAUAGAGUAUGAAUUUCUAAGAUUUUCACAUUUUUGACCUUGUAAUUUUUUUAUUUAAAGUUUACCUGUUUUCUUGCAGAUUGCAUAUUAAUCAUUAAGUUGCCAAAGUUUUGUAUUUUGUUGUUUUCUUAGCAUUAGUUGUAAAAGAAUCAUUUAAGUAGCUUGCCUCCAGAUUCAUGAUAAUUUUCAUUAAAAUGUUGAAAAUGUAUAUAAAAGUAAGCUUUUAUGAAGUGAAGAAAGAAAGUAAUUUAUACAUCGCAAAUGGCACUACAUUAAUUACCGAAAAGAUGUCAAAAUAUGCAAAAACAGCCCAUACUGCGUUAGUCACACAGUAGAGAUAUGGUGAUAAAUACUAGAAGAUAAGUCCUUAAUGGCAAAAAACAUUUAAAUUAUUACUUGAAAUUUGAAGUUUUUUACUUUUGUUAAAAUCUAAGUACGUACAGUUUGAUUUUCUUAAAAUAUUUUGGCUCAUCUGGAAGCAUGUAGCUUUAAGUACGAAAAAUGGGAAUAUUGUAUGCAUGAUAAUGAUAUAUAAAUUUAAAAAAUGUGUAAUUUUUCCCAAAGGUCAAACUCAUAUUUUGUGCAAUAUUAAGUGUAAAUGAUAGCAUAUUACUAAUUUUUAUUUUUACUCGGCAAGCAUAAAACGUAAGCUUCUGAAUAUAGUGUAGACUACAUGUAAUCUGUAUUCUUUCCUUGAAAAACUGUCUUCCUUUCUAUAAUACUAUGCAUCAUAACAAAACAAAAUCAAAUUUAUUGAUUGUUAAAUAAUUUGUUCACUGUUGGAUCAGAUUUUUACAGCAUGUCUAGCUCAACUUAAAUUAUCAUAGCAUUGAAAGUAAAAGAGAGAGUAGAUAUACAAAAUGUACGUGUAUUUGAUAAAUAUAUGGAUAUAUUGACAAGAUGGUCGUGUGGGGGUUGCGUUUAUUGAACGCCUCCUUUCCUUGUUGAUCUUGUUUACCAUAUUUUAUUGAUUUUCUAUAAUACUUAUGAAUAUUAGGAAAUUAAUUCCUCUUAACACUGGUUUGAUGUAAAUUUACAGUGGUAUCUAAUACAUAUGUGUAUAUUCCCUCAAAAAUCUGAUAAAACUCUUCAUCUAACAUAUUUGUUACAGAAAAUAAACAACUACAUCUUAUAAAAGCAGAAGGAUAGCUAUAAUUUUGAUCCUGUGUUCAUGUGAAAUUAUGUUAUUCUUUUUUUCUUUUUUUAAGAUUUUAUCAUCAGUUAUUUUUAAUUAUAUUAUUUGUCUAACAUAGUUUAACUCAUAGAAUCUCUGGCAUUUUAUUGUUUAAGAAAUGGAAUGCAAGUUGUUUCAGUGUAGAACAAACUGUUUGAUCAUACUGUUUUCAUGUCUAGAAGAUUGAGAACAAAUAUUGUUGUAAAUUUUCAUGUGUGUGAAUUGCUGCACUAAUUUUGCCUUAAAAAAAAUUUGCGAUCUAAUUUUAAUAUAUUUAGUUAAAAGAUUUCUGUGUUUUUGUUAAGGAUUUGGCCUGCUUUGAAUUUGGAACUGUCCGUCACAGGUAGGAGAGUUUAUAGUCACCUCAAUGCCGUAAUGAGUUAUCUCCUAUUAAAUUAUGUAAAGAGUUAACCCAUUACUGUAUUGAGGUGACAAUAUGUGUUCAUAUACUGAAACAUUGUGACUACACUGACAUGACUGUAUUGACAAUAUGUGUUCACAUUUUUGAAGUUUGCCCCAAGAGCUUAUGUAUACAUGCUUGCCUUACUGUGUACUGAUCAGCAAAGUCAUUCUGCCUGCAUUUUUUCAAAGUGUAAAGGGUACAAAAAUGUAACUGGCAUACCGUAAUAUAAAUAUUAGUAAUAUACAAUAUAAUAAUAAUAAUAUGGAAAUUAAAACAAAACCACCACACAGCCACAAGGUUUGAUAUUCUCAUAGUCUAAUCUAGAGAGAGUUUAGCAAAGAAUGUUCUUGUUUUUUAAUUGAUAAAUUAUAUAUUGAUAUAGAAUGAAAAUAAUGUUCCUUAACACUAUUUUCAGGUGGUGUCAAACGUUUAUCAUAAAACAAGUGCUGUAUAUACCACCAAUAUUUAAUAGUAAAUUUACAAGCAUUAUUCUUUCAGUUUAGGAACUUUGGUUCUGUACAGAUAAUUACAGAAGGUUGCUUAUAUUAAGUAAAUGCCAGAAAUAAUGUACAAAGAGACCACUGAGGCCUACCUCCACCAAUAAAGCUGGAAAGUAGUCAUAUGGCUACCAAUGUUGGUAUACCUUAAAACACAACAAAACAACUUGAUCAAAAUACAGACAAAUAUUAUGCCAAUUACAGAUGGCUAUGAUAUAACUCUAUACCGAUUCAAUGGGGAUUGCAGUGUUAAUUUAUUUAACAAAAAGUUAGUCGUCAACAUUUUAGAUUUUGGUAACACUUUAUGGAUAUAUGGGCUGACUUGGCCUUCCAUAGUUCCAGCUUGCACUUUCGAAGUUAAGGGAGCACAAGUUUUUGUUUGUCAUAUUUAUUUAUUUAUCAUAAAUGUUGUUUAGCUGUGUUUAGUAGUUAUAUAUUUUAAAGUUUUAUUUUACACUGUCAUUCUGAAAUCCAUUUGCUAUUGAAACUGUUUAUACAACUCAUAAUUUUCUUGGUGUUUAGAAAUAAAGUUAGAGAAGAUUA